AUGCCCGACGGCGACGCGAGCGAUUUGAACAAGUGGUCGAGAAAGAUCACGCAACCGAAGAGCCAAGGAGCGUCGCAGGCGAUGCUGUACGCCACGGGCCUGACGGAGGCCGAUAUGAACAAACCGCAGAUCGGCGUGUCCUCGGUGUGGUGGCAGGGAAACCCUUGUAACAAACACUUGCUGGACCUGGCGGGUAAAGUGGCGGAAGGCGUCAAGGCGGCGGAUAUGGUGAGCUUUCAGUUUAACACCGUGGGGGUGUCGGACGGGAUUUCCAUGGGUACGCCGGGCAUGUCCUUCUCGUUGCAAUCGCGGGAUUUGAUCGCGGAUAGCAUCGAGACCGUGAUGGGUGGACAGUGGUACGACGGAAAUAUUUCUCUCCCGGGGUGCGAUAAGAACAUGCCGGGUACGAUCAUGGCCAUGGGUCGAUUGAACCGCCCGUCGCUGAUGAUUUACGGCGGUACCAUUCGCCCUGGCCACUCCGCCGUGGAUGGUGGCACACUCGAUAUCGUAUCCGCGUUCCAAUCGUACGGACAGUUCGUUACCGGCGCUAUCACGGAGGAACAGCGCAAAGACAUCGUGCGUAACUCUUGCCCGGGCUCUGGCGCGUGCGGCGGCAUGUACACCGCCAACACCAUGGCCAGCUGCAUCGAGGCUCUCGGCAUGACUCUUCCGUAUUCUUCCUCCAUUCCCGCGGAAGAUCCUCUCAAGAUGGAUGAAUGUUUCAUGGCUGGCGCUGCGAUGAAGCAUUUGCUCGAAAUCGACCUGAAGCCGCGUGACAUCAUGACUCGCGCGGCGUUCGAAAACGCCAUGGUCACCGUCAUCGCUCUCGGCGGUUCCACCAACGCGGUUCUUCACUUGAUCGCGAUGGCGCACUCUGUCGGCAUCAAAUUGACUCUGGACGACUUCCAAGCCGUCUCCAACAAGACGCCGUUCAUCGCUGACUUAAAGCCGUCCGGUAAGUACGUCAUGGAGGACGUCCACAAGGUUGGCGGCACUCCGGCGGUGUUGAAGUAUUUGAUGUCUGAAGGCAUGAUUGACGGUUCUUGCAUGACUGUCACCGGUAAGACCCUCGCCGAGAACCUCGCCAUCUGCCCGGAUUUGACGCCGGGGCAAGAUGUUAUUCUCCCGGUGAGCACGCCCAUCAAGAAGACUGGUCACUUGCAAUGCUUGUACGGCAACAUCGCCCAGGGAGGCUCCGUGGCGAAGAUCACCGGUAAGGAAGGCUUGUACUUUAAAGGCUUCGCGAAGUGCUACGAUAGCGAAGAGGAAAUGCUCGAGGCCUUGGCGGCAGACUCCGAGUCUUUCAAGGGUAGCGUCAUCGUCAUUCGCUACGAAGGUCCGAAGGGUGGUCCGGGCAUGCCGGAGAUGCUCACGCCGACGUCGGCCAUCAUGGGUGCCGGUCUCGGGAACGACUGCGCGCUCAUCACGGAUGGUCGAUUCUCCGGUGGCUCGCACGGUUUCGUCAUCGGUCACGUUACGCCGGAAGCGCAAGUUGGUGGUAACAUCGGUUUGAUCAAGGACGGUGAUAUCAUCGAAAUUGAUGCCGAAGUUCGCACCAUCAACGCGCCGGAUGUCACCGACGCCGAGUGGGAAAAGCGUCGAGCGGCGUGGAAGGCGCCGCCUUUGGAAGCGACGUCGGGUACGCUCUACAAGUACUGCAAGCUCGUCGCCAGCGCUUCGGAAGGCUGCAUCACGGACUUGUGA